UUUGCCUCAUCAACCCCUGUAUUUCUCCUCCUCUCACAAUUAUGGCCCAAAACUUUCCGUUGGUCCCAAAACCCCUUGGUGAUGCCUCGACCGACCCUCUCAAAAGAGUCUCACUUAUCCCAAGAAUGCCUGAGCAAAAUGUCCCGGAAAAUGUAGGAGAGAGACGUCCCUUAGCCCCCACAACCCGAGAAGACAAACCUUUAGAGGGUCGUCAUCAUCCUGCUCCAAAGACGACUCCUCUUGAACACAAGAUGACAGAUCCUGAAGCUGAGAAGCUAACUUCUGUGGUGCAAAAGAGUGUACAUCCUCAUGAGCUAGAGGAUGGUCUCACCAAGCAAUCCUUGACUCCAAAGUCAAUGGAUCAAAGAUUGCCAAUGGAUGCCUCAGGAAGAUUGGGUUUGGGAAAGAAGUCGCCUUUUCAUAGAAGGGGUAGGCCUAUGUUCGCAUUUUCUGACGAUAGGGUGAUGCUGGAGAGAGUGUUGAAGACUCAUAGCCCCGACAUGCUCUCCUUCGAUGUCAAGUCCCUUCUCUCCAUCGUCCAUGACAUCUUCAAGUCUCCUGUUCCAUCCAUCGAUGUCGUCUCUGCCUCUAAGGACUAUGCUGAUCACACCUCUUUUGAAGCAUUUGCAGAGCUCAUUGAUCAGAUUUCCUGCGAGAUCGAAUGCAAGUGUCUGCAUGGCGGAGAGUCUCAUGGAUUGAUGUCUUCAGGACUUCAUCUAGACAGCCGCAACACCACAGCCUUCUCUGUUCUGUCUCUUGUCUCCAAGUACCGCUGGGAUGCAAAAGUCGUUCUCAUCUUAGCUGCAUUGGCUGUUAAAUAUGGAGUUUUUCUAUUGCUGGCAGAAACGUAUGCAACAAACCAGCUAACAAAGUCGAUGGCAAUGAUCAAGCAUCUCCCUGCCAUUUUCUCACGUGAGGCGACGGCUCUGAACCAACGCCUUGACAAGACCCGCGUUCUGAUGCAAGACAUGGUUGAUCUGGCCACCACUAUUAUCAAGAUUUACGAGCUCCCUACUCAGUUCAUCACUGAAGAAUUCACUAACCACGUCCCCACCGCUGUUUACUGGAUUGUUCGCAGCGUUCUGGUUUGCACUUCUCAUAUCAGCAGCCGUGUCAACGGCUUCAGACAGGACAAAGGCAUCAUGUCAUUUAUGGAAGUAUCUGAGAUACAUGAGAACAGUGAACGACUCAGGAAGAUCAACGGUUACCUGACAGAACAACUGAACAAAUGUCUUGAGAAGAUCAAGGAUAGGAUAACGGAAGACGAGUAUCAAGAACUCAUCAGAACAUUCACCACAAUAAUUCACGUCGAUGUAGUUUCGCCUCUUCGUCGUCUAUUCAGACCAAUCGAUUAUCUUUACCAUGGAGCCGCUCAUUUGAAGAGACGGGUCGGAAUCGAUGCCUUGUCCCAGAAGCAUGUGCUGCUUAUGAUAUCGGACCUCGAAAACCUAGAAAGAGAGCUCUACAUUCUUGAACAGCUCUACACCGAUGCUUGGGAGCAAUCUUUCGAGUUUGUAUGGGUCCCAAUACAAGAUUUCUGGACAGAAACCGAGAAAACCAAAUACGAGACGCUUCAUUCGAGCAUGACGUGGUAUGUUCUGGGAGAGCCUUGGAUGUUACCACGAUCGGCCUUGAGGUUUGUAAAAGAAUCUUGGGGCUUUAAGACCAAACCCAUCCUUGUGGCACUCGACUCAAAGGGGCAAGUGACGUCCACGAACGCUUUUCCGAUGAUCUGGAUUUGGCAGACUUUCGCCUAUCCAUUCACGAGCACGAGGGAACUCGAUCUCUGGGCCGAACAAGAGUGGAAUCUUGAGUUCUUGAUCGAUGGCACUGACCCUCACUCUUUAAAUCAGAUGGCAGAUGGGAGAUACAUAUGCCUCUAUGGAGGAGAAGAUAUGCAAUGGAUCAGAAACUUCACAAAUCUAUGGCGUGGGGUAGCAAAGGCCGCAGACAUCCAACUGGAGAUGGUUUACGUUGGAAAAAGGAACCCAAAAAAUGGACUUCAGCCUAUAAUAGACAGAAUCAGACAAGAGCAAAUAAGCCACACGCUCGUGGACCUGUUCCAGAUAUGGUUUUUCUGGACGAGGAUAGAAAGCAUGUGGGAAUCAAAGCAACGAGUUCUGAAACACAAAAACAACACCAGAGAAGACAAAGACAAUGUGCUGAUGGAGAUCACAUCUCUGUUAGGUUAUGGAGGAGAAGGUGGAGGGUGGGGACUUGUGAGCAGAGCAUCAGAGCUGAUGGUACGGGCGAAAGGCAACGUGUUUGAGAUUGCUUUGACAGAGUUUGAUCAGUGGAAUGGUGAGAUUCCUUCAAAGGGUUUCCUGAGAGCGCUCUAUGAUCAUCUAAUGGCUCCUCGCCCGCCACACCACUGCACAAGAUUCAUGCUCCCUGAAUCGGCAGGGAUCAUUCCCAACUCGGUCGAGUGCACUGAGUGUCGCAGGACCAUGGACAAGUUCUACUUGUUCCAGUGCUGUCUCGAGUGAUUUGAGGAAGUUUGUGGGAUAUUCUCUUUAUGUUGUCUUGAGUCAAUAAUAUAUGAUGAUGCUAUGUUUGUUGUUUAUUUUGUACGAAUUCAGAAGCUUUGUAAUAAAUAUGUGAUGAGGCUGAGACCUUCACAUGUGGUUUGUGAUUUCUGAGUUCGAUCAAAUACCAGUUUGAUAAAGUA